GUUUCACUUGUCACUAGCGAAGAAAUCAGAGAGCAUAGGUGGUGAAAUCAAGUGAAGAACACAAAGGUUGAUCAAACCAUGGUGACUCAUCGUUUCACUCUACUUCUUCUCCUCGUCGUUAUCGGGAUCUUCUCCUCCUUGUCUCAGGUUCGUGCUUCAACUGAAACCAAUCUGAGGAUCGAAUCAUUCUCGACGGAUCUUGCAACGCUGCAAACUCAAAUUGGCUACAAGUUUAACAACAUCAACCUUCUUCGCCGUGCUAUGACUCAUGCUUCUUUCUCUCAAGAGAACAACAAAGCUUUGAGUAUCUUGGGAACCCAUAUCAUUGAAACCUCUGUCUCUCUUCAGAAUCUCACUAAAGAUAUCGAUAUCUCCUCGAAAGCGCUGGGCCGUUUGAUAGCAGAGGUUUCAAAUGUGGAUUCCUCAUGUGCUCUUGACGGAGGCCGGUUGGGUUUGGGGAAGAUAAUCAGGGUUUCCCCUAAGACAGAUGCAUCGAACUCGGCCAUUCUUUGUGCUGGCUUCAGGGCAAUCUUCGGAGCUAUUGCUAUUGAUGCUGGAAUUGUUGAUGAUGCUACAAAGGUUUUCUGGAAGGUACAUGGAGAUCGAGCUGGAAGAUUAGUGUCUAUGUUGUAAAUUAGAGUAUGGUUUGUUUCGGAUACCAUGUUCUAAGAGACGCUUCUCCAUUUGCUUAGAAUUAUAUGGUAACCGCUUUGUUUAUGUUGCUAACUAGUAGCUAAUGGUAUGAUCGUAUGAGGAUGUUAAGGGAUUAACUUAACCGAUCUGGAUAUGGUUUUAGUUUGGAAGCUUAA